AGGCAGACAGACGGGCAGCGAGAAAGGGACAGACACUCACAGCCGGCCGGGACUCAUGGGCUCUCUCCCCUUGUUCUCUCUUCCAGGCUCCAGGGAGCAGCAUCAGGGCCAGGGAGACAAUGGUCUCGGUGACUAUGGCCACUUCCGAGUGGAUCCAGUUCUUUAAGGAAGCCGGCAUUCCUCCGGGACCUGCGGUCAAUUACGCCGUGAUGUUUGUGGAUAACAGGAUCCAGAAGAGCAUGCUGCUGGAUCUCAACAAGGAAAUCAUGAAUGAGCUGGGCGUGACUGUGGUGGGCGACAUCAUUGCCAUCCUCAAGCACGCCAAGGUGGUGCACCGCCAGGACAUGUGCAAAGCCGCCACUGAGUCUGUGCCCUGCAGCCCCAGCCCCAUCCCAGGCGAGGUUCGCCGAGGCCCCUGUAGCGCCGCCUCCCGAAUGAUCGCCAACAGCCUGAACCGCGACUCCCCACCCGGCACUCCCCCAAGGCGGCCAGACACCAGUACCUCCAAGAUCUCAGUCACCGUGUCCAACAAGAUAGCAGCCAAAAGUGCCAAGGCCGCCGCAGCCCUGGCCCGCCGGGAGGAGGAGAGCCUGGCUGUUCCCACCAAGCGGCGCCGGGUGACUGCCGAGAUGGAGGGGAAGUACAUCAUCAACAUGCCCAAAGGCACCACCCCGCGGACCCGCAAGAUCCUGGAGCAGCAGCAGCAGGCGGCGAAAGGUCUCCACAGGACGUCCGUGUUUGACCGCCUCGGUGCCGAGACCAAGGCUGACACAACGACGGGGAAUAAACCCACAGGAGUCUUCAGCCGUCUGGGGGCCACCCCAGAGAUGGACGAGGAUCUGGCUUGGGAUAGCGACAAUGACAGCAGCAGCUCUGUCCUGCAGUAUGCUGGGGUCCUGAAGAAGCUUGGCCGGGGCCCAGCCAAGGCCAGUCCCCAGCCGGCGCUGACUGUCAAGGCCAAGGCCACGAGCUCAGCGACGACGGCCGCCGCCCCGACGCUGCGGCGCCUGGCCCUCUCCUCACGCCCCGGGCUCGAGAGGAAGCCGGAGUCCCUGUCCAAAGUCAGCAUUAUCCAGAGACUGGGCAAGUCUGCCCUUGUGCCCGAGGCCCAGGACAGCCAGGUCACGAGCACCAAGAGUAAGUCCUCGGCCGAGGUCAAGGUCACCAUUAAGAGGACCCUGGUGGGGCCCCGGGGGAGCAGCUCCAGCGAGGGCCUUGGUGCCCAGAUGGACCAUGCGGGCACUGUGAGCGUGUUCAAAAGACUGGGCCGCAGGACCUAGCCCUGGGCCGGGCGCAGGCCCCUCUCCAGGCACAGGCUUCAGCAAGGGCGCCCGCCCCUCUGCCGGCUUCUGGUCGACACUGCUUGUCUCCCUCAGGCGUUCGAGCCGGGCCGAGCUCUCCGGGGAUUCACCCCAUUCUUCUCAGUGCGAGAUGGUCGUUGUGGCCUGGCCUUGCCGCUCUGGGGCUCUCCCUGCUCUCAUGUCCUAGUUCUGUCCUCUCUGACUGCGGCCUUGGUGGGACCCCCUCGCCACCUCUCCCAAGUGCCCAGUGCCCUUUUCCUCUCCUGACCCCUUCCUCCCUCUCAGCAGCAGCUGCUGCCUCAACCCCAGCUCCUCGCCUCCCAGUUCCCUAGAGUGGGUGUCCCCUGGAGGGGCCCCCGUACCCCCC